ACCCACUUGUUUUUUAGUAGAAAAAAAUAAUUUUCUUUUCCCUUCUAUUUCUACUAUAUAUACACACACACACAUUAUGGAGACAUAUCAUGGAUACAUUAAGACAUCUCAAGAUGCUUUAAUCAUAUUCGAAGCAUGCAGAAAAUCACAACUCAUCCGUGUACAACGUAGACUUUCAUCUAAAGAACGAGUUCAAAUUCGGUCUGGCUCUGUUUUUGCCUGGGAUGAACGAGAGGCUGGUAUGCGUCGUUGGACAGACGGUCGCACUUGGUCUCCUAGCCGUGUCUUAGGUAGCUUCUUGACCUAUCGAGAAUUAGAUAGCAAACGCAGACCACGCAGACUUUCUAGCCUUAAUUACAGCAAAGCAUCUUCCUCAUGCUCAUAUAAACAAGAUGGUCUCAUUAAACAAAGUUUUUCUAUCUGCACAGCCAAUAACCAAAAAUUGCACCUCAUUUCCUAUUAUUCUAAAUCAGACGUUCUAGCUGGCCGCUUAACACAACCUACUCAAGACCCUCUUUUGAGCGAUAUCCAUGUACCCAAGGGCCUCUAUCCUGAACUCAAUCCUUUAGACACAAGUGGUGGCCAUUCUGCUACACUUCACAACAUGAGACAACAACAACAUGAAUUAAUAUCGCCUGUUCUAUCUUAUAAAGACGACGACGAUUCCUUACCACCUUCACUCUCUUCUUCCCCAAGCACACUACAAGAAGACAUUAUUAUGACAGAUUUAUUACCCUCCCCUCAAUCAAUGUGCUCCUCUGUUUCUUCUUUAUCAUCCUACCAUUUCCAACAAAAACAUGUUGGCUCUCCUUUUCUCACACCCAGUUCUAUUCAGUUGCUGCCUGCUCAGGACAUUGCCUGGGAAAGGCUGCCUUCUACAGAAGAUCAACGUCAACUUAGAGCGCUUUAUGGUUUAUUAAAACUUUAAAUUUUACUCCUUUUUCAUUCUCAUUCCCUUUUUUAUACAUAUAUGAUUUUCAUAACCUAUAGACUUUUAAAACACCUGUACACACACGCACACAUAUAAACACACCACAUAGAUGAUACACAUUAAUGCACACGCAUAUAUGUUUAUGUAAACAACAUUCAUUAUUAUUAUUAUUAUUAUUAUUAUUAUUAUUAUUAUUAUUAUUAUUAUUGUUUUCUGUAUUAAAAAUAAAGAAAAAAAGUGCC